CAUUGCCCCGCUACAACGCGAACCGUUUCUUUCACAGUUGCCACGCGGCGCAACCAGACUUCCCAAAUUCGUCCGUCUUUAUCAUUUCGUUCACUGCCUCUGGCGAAAGACAUUUAUGCCCUUGGACGCGCUUCUACAACAUCACGGCUAUGGACGUGGAAAUGCGAGAGGUUCCAUCGGGAGCACCAGUUCCUGAUUUUACAUUAGUUGAAGAUGACCUGAUAGACCUCGACGAACCGCUCACAAAAAGCACACUGGAACAGUCCGCCUCCGCUCUCACUGUCGCGGAAGAGGCCUUGACCAACGCCGAAGACACCGACAGAGAAGACGGAGCAGAAGCUGACAGCAAAAAAUGGGCUAUCAACCAUGCCCCAGCACCGCGCAAGGUGUCCGAGAGAAAAAGGGCAGACCACGCCGCCUUCGAUGUGUGGAUUGAGGAACACCAGCAGGAUCUCUCGAAGAACCUCCUCGGCAAGUUCUUUGUCGAUAACGACGAGACAUUGAAUUCGCUGAUGAGACAGCUUGAGAAUCGGCACAUCAUCACGAGUCCCCGCGACUACCAACUCGAGCUCUUCGAGCUGGCCAAGACCCGAAACACGAUCGCCGUGCUGGACACUGGCUCUGGUAAAACGCUGAUCGCCGCCUUGCUGUUGCGAUGGACAAUCCAGAACGAGCUCGAGAGUCGAUCCAGUGGCCUGCCCAAACGCAUUGCUUUUUUCCUGGUCGACAAGGUAGCCCUCGUAUUCCAGCAGCAUGCUGUACUAACCUGCAACUUGGACUAUCCCAUCGAGAAGUUCUGCGGUGAUAUGGUAGAGAACGUAUCCGAGGAUUUUUGGCGCAAGGCUUUCGACGAGAACAUGGCAAUCGUCUGCACCGCCGAUAUCCUCUAUCAGUGCCUCAGCCACUCUUACGUCAGGAUGGACCAGGUGAAUCUCUUGGUCUUCGAUGAGGCGCAUCACACCAAGAAGAACCACCCUUACGCUCGUAUCAUCAAGGACUUUUACACCGAUGUGAAGGACGAAAACAAGAGGCCUCGCAUUCUCGGCAUGACCGCCUCUCCUGUCGAUGCCCAGACCGACCCGAAGGUUGCGGCCGCCGAGCUCGAAGGCCUCCUGCACAGCCAGAUCGCCACCGUUGCCGAUCCGACCGUCUUACACAACAGCUCAGCGAAGCCGAAACACGAGGUCGUCGCGGAGUAUGACAAGAGGCCCCCAGACUGGGAGACAGAGCUCAACCAGGCGCUGAAGAGCCUCGUCGGCGACCUCCGCGUCUUCCGGAGGCCGUUCGCCUUCACAGACACCGCAGCUGCCGAGCUUGGUCCCUGGUGUGCCGACCGGUAUUGGCAGCUCUUUUUCGAGGAAGGAGAGGCGGUCAAGCUGGAAUCUAGGGCCGAAAUGGAAGCUUUCAGCCAGUCUACCUACGACCAAGGCGUCGGCCACCCUGUCGACAAGGUGCGGGAAGCCCAUAAUCUGGUGAAGCGGCACACCUUCGCCCGCCCUUCGAUCGGCGUGCUGUCCUCCAAGGUCGUCCUACUGCUCAGGAUCCUUCGGGAGCAAUUCUACCGCGCCAACCACCGUCGGCGAUGCAUCGUCUUUGUCAGGCAGCGGAACACUGUCUCGCUGCUUGCUGACCUACUGCAGCAGCCAGAGAUGAAGAUUCCAGGCCUAGUGCCCGGCUUAUUGGUUGGGGGCGGCCAUCCCGACGCGAGCUAUGGCAACGCAAAGGUGACUUAUCGUGACCAGGUCCGAACCAUCUACAAGUUCAAAAAGGGCGAACUCAACUGCAUUUUUGCCACGUCGGUCGCCGAGGAGGGUCUCGACAUCCCGGACUGCAACGCAAUCAUAAGGUUCGAUCUCAACGACACAUUAAUCCAGUACAUCCAAUCCCGCGGGAGAGCUCGCCAGGAGGGCUCCGUCUACAUUCACAUGGUUGAGUCGGGAAAUCUGGAGCAUCGCAGAAAACUGGCCCAGAACCAGCAGAGCGAAGAUGCUCUCCGAAAGUUUUGUGAGGCGAUGCCGGAGGACAGGAAGCUGACGGGAAACAACUUCAACAUGGACUACUUCUUGCGCAAGGAGAAGGGCCAGCGACAGUACACGGUCCCCGAGACGGGCGCGAAGCUCAACUACAGGCAGAGUCUAGUGUUCCUGGCCGCCUUCGUGGCCUCGCUCCCGCACCCACCCGGGGUCAGCCUCACGGCCGAUUACCUCGUCCUCCCUGUGCCCGGAGGUUUCCAGUGCGAGGUGACCUUGCCGGACUCUUCUCCCAUCAGGAAUGCCACCGGGAAGGUCCAUGAGAGCAAGGCGGUUGCCAAGUGCUCGGCGGCCUACGAGAUGUGCCUCAAGUUGAUCAAGGCCAACUACCUCGAUCAGCAUCUACGACCCACCUUCACGAAGCAGCUCCACGCCAUGCGGAAUGCUCGGCUGGCCGUGAGCGCCAAGAAGAAGGGGCGGUACAAUAUGCGCGUCAAGCCCGAGAUCUGGUCUGCCGUGGGCGAGCCCGUCGAGCUCUACGCCCUGGCCUUGACGCUAUCGGACCCGACCGUGCUCGGCCGACCGUCGUCUCCGCUCCUCCUGCUGACACGGCAGCCGGUGCAGGAAAUCCCAUCGUUCCCGCUCUACUUCGGGAGCAAUCGCUUCUCUGCUGUUCGUUGCGUUCCGGUUCCUGGGUCUCUCGAGCUUGAUGACCGCCAGAUCCAAGGCUUGGCUGCUUUUACCUUGGCCGUCUUCAAAGACGUCUUUAGCAAGGAAUACGAGGCUACCGUUGCUCAACUCCCGUACUUCAUCGCCCCAACAAAAUUGGAACACUCCAGCGGGUUCACAGCAGCUGACGGUCCGAGUUGUGUCGUGGACUGGGCCACCAUCAGCUUUGUCAGGGAGAACGAGCACAUCCGCUACACGUUCGACGAGCUGGAUGACUUCUUCAGGGACAAGUACGUUUGCGAUCCGUAUGAUGGCUCUCGGAAGUUCUUCCUGCGCCGGCGCCGUCACGACUUGAGACCGACGGACCCUGUUCCGGAAGGCGUCGUUGCCCCGGGACACAGAGCCUGGCGUGUACCGGGCGGGAAUCGCGACAUUUUGAACUACAGUCUCAGUGCCUGGCGAAGGUCGCGUGGUUCUAUGACUCUCCGUGAGGACCAGCCGGUCGUCGAGGCGGAGCUCUUGCCCAUCCGCCGCAAUUUUCUGGAUGACAACAUCAGAGACGACGACUUGGAGCCCAAGCCGUGCUUCCUCGUGCUAGAACCCCUAAGAAUAUCUCCGCUACCUGUGGACGUGGUGGCCAUGGUUUACACGUUUCCGUCGAUCAUGCACCGCAUCGACUCGAACCUCGUCGCUUUGGAGGCCUGCAAGAAGCUCGGUCUCAACAUACGGCCGGAUCUCGCGCUCGAGGCAUUCACCAAGGACAGCGACAACACCGACGAGAACGACGCGGAGAAGAUCCACUUUCAGGGCGGCAUGGGCAGCAACUACGAGCGGCUCGAGUUCCUCGGAGACUGCUUCCUCAAGAUGGCCACAACCAUCUCCAUCUUCACGCUUUUGCCGGACAAGGACGAGUCUGAAUACCACAUCGAGCGCAUGCUACUGGUUUGCAAUCGCAACCUCUUCAACAAGGCGCUCGAGGUUAAGCUGGAGGAAUACAUACGAUCCACGGCCUUUGACCGGCGCAGCUGGUACCCGGAGGGCCUGACUCUCAAGCGGGGAAAGCGGAGAGACGUCGAUGGCAAGCACCAGCUGGCGGACAAGACCAUCGCCGACGUGUGCGAGGCGCUCAUCGGCGCGGCCUACCUGACGGCCCAGGACCGGUCGCCGUCGGACUUUGACCUCGCCGUCCGCGCCGUCACCGUCAUGGUCCGCGACAGGAACCACGCCAUGAGCUCCUACGGCGACUACUACGCCGCCUACCGGCCGGCCAAGUGGCAGACAGUGCCGUGCAGCCCGGCCCAAAUCGACAUGGCGGCCCGCUUCCGGGAGCGGAUGGGCUACGCGUUCCGGCACCCACGCCUGCUGCGCUCGGCGUUCCAGCACCCGGCCUACCCGACCUUCUACGAGGGCCUGCCGUCGUACCAGCGGCUCGAGUUCCUGGGCGACGCGCUCCUCGACAUGGCCUGCGUCGAGUUCCUGUUCCGCCGGUUCCCCGGCGCGGACCCGCAGUGGCUGACGGAGCACAAGAUGGCCAUGGUUUCGAACCAGUUCCUCGCCUGCCUGGCCGUCUACCUCGGCUUCCACAAGUCCAUUGUCCACUGCAGCUCGCAGGUCCAGAGUGAGGUUGCCGGUUUCGUCGCCGAGGUGGAGGGCGAGCUGCGGGCGGCCAAGGAGGGAACGGAGGAGGGGGAGGAAGGGGAGGAGGAGGAGGAGGAAAAGAAGGAGAGGGGCGGCGAAGAGGAGGCAUUUGCGCGCGACUUUUGGGUGCGCUGCGCGCGGAGGCCGCCCAAGUGCCUCGCCGACGUGGUCGAGGCCUACGUGGGGGCCGUCUUCGUGGACAGCGGGUACGACUUUGGCGAGGUCCGGCGCUUCUUUGCCGACCACGUCCGUCCCUUCUUCGAGGACAUGCGGCCGUAUGACGCGUUCGCCCGCAAGCACCCCGUCACCGCUCUCGCCGCCGUCUUGCAGAGCAAAAUGCGCUGCCGCGAGUGGCGGCUGCUGGUCAAGGAGCUACCCGUCCCGGCCAUGGCGCCGACGGCCGACGAUGGCGGUGAUGAUGGCAAUGAUGAUGGUCGUCGGGUGCUCGACUUUGCGGCCAUGGCGAGCCCGCGGCUGGUGUGCGCGGUCCGGGUCCACGGGAGGACGCUCGCGCACGCGGUGUCGGGGAGCAGCAGGUACGGCAAGAUCGCGGCGGCGAAGCAGGCGCUCAAGGUGCUAGAGGGGAUGGAGCCGGAGGAGUUUCAGAAGGCGCAUGGGUGUGCUUGUGGGGUGGAUGGGACGGUGGGAGGGGAAGACCGAGAGCCAGAUCAUGGCUCGGCCGUCUAGUAAGAGAAAGGCGAAAGAAAGGGGGGCGGGGCGGGAAGUGAGGAGGGGUUGAUGGCUGGCUCCUACCCGUUGCCAUCGGACUCGAAAGAGACGAUGCGGAUCUAUCGGAACCAAAACGGAGAACCGGCUCCCAUUAGGGAACUACGGCCAGGAUGGUAGGCUAUAAGGGCGCCCAAACCCUGCCACAGGAUCUGAUUUUCUGCGCUGCAGCAUCCGUACCUUUGCAAAGGUGCCUUAUGGCGUCUGAAGACAGGCCGUGGAAGAAACCAGGCCUUUCUAACGAGCUUGAUGAUCAUUUGCCGUGCAACGUUAUUGCCUACACACUCCAGGAUAAAGCAGAGCAAACAGAAAAAGUUGCCGUUAAC